AUUUACUAUAAACCCGUGACUAAGUUAUAGGUAAAAGAGGUAUAAAAUAUAUAUAAAAUACCAUCAUAACAGUAUCCAGCAAUCCACCGACUCCUCCGCCGCCCCAUUUCAAAUUUCAUGGCGUUUCACGGUGCUUUGCAAUCGCUGCGAUCGCUCAGCAGGGGCCCAUCCACCAGGUAUUCUUUCCCUUACCUUCCUUCCCCAAUUUCAUCAUCUCUCUUCUCAGCUCUUUAUGCUCAAUCCAAUGCGUUGCAUGAUGACCGUCCGAUCAACAACCAAUCUAGUCCCCACGAACGAUUUGUUCUUGAUCAACUCUCUAAUCUGUUACCAGUUCCUCUUAAUAAUUCGGCUCCGAAACCAUUGGAACCGAGUAAUUCGGAGAAGCAGAUAAAUGUUAGGGCCCCUGACGGUUUCUUGUUGCCGGAUGAGAAACUGCGUGGUGUUUUUCUUCAGAAAUUGAGGGGUACAACUGCAAUUGAGCAUGCUUUGGACAAUGUUGGUGUCGAUUUGAGUGUUGAUGUUGUUGCACAGGUAGUGAAUAGAGGGAAUUUAAGCAGCGAAGCGAUGCUUAUGUUCUUUAAUUGGGUGACUAAGAAGCCCGCCAUAGCGAAAGAUAUCCACACGUAUCACAUAAUCCUCAAAGCAUUAGGCAGAAGAAAGUUCUUUACACAUAUGAUGCACAUUAUGCAUAACAUGAGGGCUCGAGGGAUAAGUCCCGAUUUAGAGACCAUAUCGAUUGUAAUGGAUAGUUUCGUGAGGGCUGGAUAUGUGUCCAAGGCAAUUCGAGUGUUCAGAAACUUGGAAGAAGUUGGUUUGGAUUGUGAUACUGAGUCUUUGAAUAUGCUUGUACAGUGUUUGUGCCAGCGGUCUCAUGUAGGUGCUGCAAAUUCAUUUCUCAAUUCCAUCAAGGGGAAGAUACAAUUCAAUGGUACUACGUAUAAUAUUGUCAUUGGUGGAUGGUCAAGAAAUGGAAGAGUUAGUGAAAUGGUGAGGAUUUUGGAAGCAAUGGUUGCAGAUGGGUUCAGUCCCGAUAAUUCAACAUUCAGUUUCAUUAUUGAGGGUUUAGGGAGAGCUGGUCGGAUUGAUGAUGCUGUUGAGAUAUUUGAUAGCAUGAAGACAAAAGGUUGUGUGCCAGACGCCAGAGCUUAUAAUGCCAUGAUUUCAAACUUUAUCUCUGUUAGAGGGUUUGAUGAAUGUCGGAAGUACUAUAAGGGUAUGCCAAGUAAUAAUUGUGAUCCAAAUAUUGAUACUUAUACCAAAUUAAUUGAUGCUUUCCUUAAAGCCCGGAAAGUGGCUGAUGCUCUUGAAACGUUUGAUGAGAUGUUAGGUCGAGGUUUUCUUCCCAGUACAGGGACAAUAACCUCCUUUAUUGAACCCUUAUGUAGCUACGGUCCACCCUAUGCUGCGAUGAUGAUCUACCAGAAGGCAAGAAAGGUUGGAUGCAGAGUAUCAUCGAGUGCUUAUAAGCUAUUGCUUAUGCGACUUUCUAGGUUUGGCAAAUGUGGAAUGUUGCUAAACAUUUGGGAGGAUAUGCAAGAAUGCGGAUAUGAUUCGGAUAUGGAAGUUUAUGAUUAUGUAAUUAAUGGACUUUGCAACAAUGGGCAGCUUGAAAGUGCUGUACUUGUCAUGGAAGAGUCUGUGCAGAAAGGUUUUUGCCCAAGCAGGCUUAUUUAUAGCAAACUAAAUAGCAAACUACUUGCUUCAAAUAAAGUAGAGCGCGCUUAUAGGCUCUUUUUAAAAGUUAAAGAUGCUCGUCGUUAUGACACUGCACAAAGAUUUUGGCGUGCUAAGGGAUGGCAUUUCUGAAUUGACAUCAUUGAGGUGUCAAGUAAAGAAAUUUUAUGUUCUUUGAGGGAUAUGGCAGUAUCUAGCUUUUGUUCCUUAAGGUAUCGUUUGGUAUGCAGACGGGACGGGACGGAACGGAAUGGGACAGGAUGGGACGGAACGGAGAGGGAGCAAAAAUGCCCUCAGAUGGAAACAAGGAGGAAGAAGGAGGAGACGGAGAGGUUAUAAUUUUGUGUUCCACGGAUGUGGAACGAGUCGUUCCAGGGGGUGAGGUGGAACAAAAAUUCACCCAAAAUUUGUCCCGUGGAACAAUGCGUUCCACCCGUUUUAGUAAGUAUUGUGUGACCCUUUAAAAUUAUUUGUAAUGUGCUUUUUACAGCAUUAACUCUUAUCUUUAGCAUUCAAAUAUAUCAAAUUUUUAGUAACUGGAUAAUUUGAGACAGGGAUUUCUGGCGGAUGGAUAUUUCAUUAUGAUAACGCUCGUUGUGUUGAUUAUGGACAUAGCUUAUUGGUACAGGGUUGUCAUCAUAUUUGGCUAGUGUUCGUGAACAGGUUCCUGUCUCUUAAGUCUCAUUACUGAAAUAAAUUUCUUAACAAAAUAAUUUCGUUGGCAAGCUUAUCACCAGGAAAUAUUUUGAAUGAAAUAAAUGGGGUGUCAAUAAUGUUUAAACAGAAUUUGUGAAACCGACCAAUCAGAACCACUUUUGACAAAAUGGCAUAAGAAACUCAUUAGACAGGUGAUUAGUGGAGUGAUUCCUUUUUCAAUGAUGUCAAUUGUCAGGGUUAGCUGUAUGACCACCACUUUUUUCUUUCCUGAUUCUUUUUCAUUGGGUGAACAUUACUACGUAUUAACAGAUUUGAUUUAACCUUCAUGCAGGGAAGGCCAGACAAGACUGCGGUUACUGUAUUACAGAGUUCUGAAAUAAUGAUCUGCUAUCCAUUAUAUGGAUAUCAAAUGAAGGGAUUUACAAGAGUGAGAUUUCUGAAAUUAAAGUUUGAUGGUUGCGGAGAAAAAGAGAGUUCCAAAGUGAAGCAUGAUGUGCUACUGAAAUGCGAAGGUGAUUGUGGUUUAGGAACUGGUACGAAUGGACGAGGAUGCUGACAAUACCAUGGGAAAGUAUUGGUCUAGAAUAAAGUCCUGAGAAAGAUUCAAGGAACCUAGCCUGUUCAGAAUGGUUAAAGGGGGCGUCUCGUCAUAUAGCAGGCAAGGAAAGACUGAAAACGGAAAACAAGCCAAAACAGAAACCAUUUUGCGAGUUCAGUUGUCUUGCUUAUGAAACUUAGACCUCUCAAGCGUCACUGUUAUCGUGACAUUUGAAAGUUGAGACUUUGCAUAAAGAAUAGCAAUAUUGGUGUAUCAUCAGUUGGGAAGAUUCCCGGGCAGCUGCCGGACUUUGUUUUUGACCAUUAAAACGAAGCUAGGGCAAUGCGUUGCUUCCGUAACUAACACUUAAAUUACUGAGGCAAGAGGAUAUAGGGUUCACUGAAUUCACUGCAUUUCUGUUAGUGACAUGUUUCUUUUGAUGACAACUCUUUACUUAAUUACCAAUUAAUUAAUGUCUAUCUCGCUCUUUCUGCAAA